AUGCUCCCCUCUAAGGAGACCAUCGCCGAGUUUCGGGCCUGUGUGCCUGGCAUCGAUGCGGGAACUGCAUACUUGUUCCUCGAGACCGCGAGCUCCAUGGAUGAGGCCGUGGAUCAAUUCUAUGAAAAUCCCCUCAAAUUUACUCGUCGCCCGCCGUCAUCAAUGUCCUCAGUGCGAAGUCCCAUUUCUCCGGCGAGCCCGACCUUCACGGCCAGGACUGGCAACUCGAGCGGUUCCACGGCAGAGCCGCCAACCAGAAUGGCCGAUGUUUCCCUGAUUUACCCGUCGCCACCUUCAUCGACGGUGAGUGGGAGUGUGACUAGUUCGCAGCGCAGGGCACACACGAACGGAGUAAUUGAGGCUGCGAAGAUUCGGGCUCGAGGCGAGCAGGAGAUGCAACACUUGCUGCAGAAUGUUCAACUGUGCCUCCACAUAUACAAUCCCGAGAUCGAGCCAGAGCGCGAGUGCGGGUACCCGUGCAGCUGCAUCAUGCACAAGUACAUCCAACGAAAGAUGGAGCGCCUUGAAAUUCAGGAGAUAUGGGCUAAAGCGGUGAUGUACCCGGGCGAGAAGCACUACCAUGACUGCACGCAGGUACGCCUGUUCAACAACAAUCCGUACCGGGGUGCCGUGGCAUCUCCGUACGGGUUUAGCGGUUCGAGUUUCUAUGGAGUGCAGCGACCUGACCCGCAAUACCAUGCGAAAUUUCUUCAACAAAUGAACACCUUGAAUGACUCGCUUAAUAUCAAGGCCCAGGCUGCCGUUGACGCGAUGGAGCCAUCCUUUAAUAUCUGGGAAGUAGAUCAACUCCAAUCCUCAAUGUCAAAUAUUGGCAUCGGUCCAUCGAUCAAUCGCAUUGUUACCGGUGAAAAGUCCAAGCGCGCCAGCUUGAAGAAAGCUCUUUCCAUCAGAUCUUCCGAGGAAAAAGUCGCCACCAAGACAUCCAAGAUUUUCUCCGAGGCACGCGCACUCGUGGACUCUAUCCUAAAAGAGGAGAAUGGCAGGUGGCCUGAGCCAGAAGAUAGACAGGUUGUCGCCGCAUACCAAGAACAGGUCGGAAUGUCGCAGAAAGUUGCCGAACUUCGAACUCGGAAUCCUUUGCAAUAUCUUCACCUGCUCAAGGCUGGUUAUUUCGAGCCUAUUCCGAGGGCCUGGGCUAAGCCAGGGUCCAAUCCACUGAAAUUCACCAUUGACUCAUCUGUCGGAUGGCGGGGCAUUACUCCGACUUGGAGAGGAUACAGGGAUACCGCAGAGGAGCGCCUUUACUGGGUAUUAAAUCAUCGGCAGAGCAACGCAACAAUAUUGAAGCCUGACAUAAUGUCUGCGUUGAAAACAGCCCAAGCAAGAAUGGAACGGGCAGUUGAGCCCCCAUCAACAUAUUAUGCGCAGGACGAUACUUGUCAUCAUCUUCAACAAGGUUUCAAGGGAUACUCGAAGCAAGUCAUGCCUCCAUUCCGGCUCGUCGAUGCACCCCAACAGCCGACAGAUGACACGGUCAUCCUGCUGGAUGUGUCAGGCUCCAUGGACUCUCAGCCGCGUCGGCCAGAGUACAAUCAAUUUUUAAUAAUGAAACACAAAAUGAUUUCUCAGCCAAAAAAUAAAGAUGUGGCCCGAGCAAUCAUUCAUCGCUUAACCAGCGCCAUGUCCAACCGCGACAACAACAGGUCCGGCUACGAACUAACCACAUUCUCCACUGAAGCCAAGCGCAUCGGCCCGAUAAAUCACUGGAAUUUCGAGGAAACGUGGCGAACCGUGCACUUCGGCGGCCGGACGAGGCUAAUGGCAGGCUGGCAAAGCGUCAAAGACCAACACCUCCAAAAAUACGCCCACACAGCAACACACCACCCCAUCUACGGCUGGCAAGCCGGACCCCAAACACCAAUCCUCCGCCUCCUCCUUAUCCUCGACGACGAAGCUCCAGACAUGAACGAUUUCGAACUCGACCUCCUCGGCCUAUCCUGGGUCCACGUCACCAUCUUCUUAAUCGGAUUCCACGGCUGUCUCCAUCACCACCGACACGCGAACGAGCUCCAACGAAUCAGCGAAAUAAACCCACACGUCUCUUUCGUCGCCGCACAGGGCAACAUGCCCGAGCGAUUCAUCACCCACGAACUGCUUAAGCGCCAUCUGGGCUAUGACCUGUCGAUGAACGAGUUCGAGGAACUCGAGCAUGUACCCGGUGAGCCGCGACGCAUGGAACUUCCGGCUCGAGAACCGCCGCCUCCGAAUUUGCCGGAGCUUGAGCAACCGCCUCCGCCGCUGCCAGUGGAACUUCCCGCUCUUGAACCUGUGUUGCCGUCGAGGCUAUCUAUGGAGCAGUCGAGGGUACCUUUGGAGCCGCCGCCGCCUUAUUCUGCGACUGCAUAG